AUGGAACUCCCUGUCAGCCUUCAAUUCACUGCAUGGGGUGAACCGCCAAGGUACACCGAAGUCCCUAUGCCAUCGCCAGAGUCAGAUGAAACUCCCGUCAAAGUCCUCGCCUCGGGCCUACACGUGGUAGUCCGCUCCAUCGCCAGCGGCAAACACUACGCCUCUGGAACCGUACCCUACACUCCCGGCGUGGAUGGUGUCGGUCAGCGUCUGUCCGACAACAAACUAGUCUACUUCAUCAGUUUCCCCGGAGGUGGCUACCAAGAAAUCCUCAAUGUCGAACGCAGGAAAAUGGUCGAGCUGCCUGAAGGUGUUGACCCGUAUCAAGUUGCUGGCUAUGCAAAUCCUGCUUUGUCGAGUUGGAUGGCAUUGACAGCAAGAACCAAGGAUCUACCUGAGAAGUUUACGGUUCUGGUCAUGGGUGCCACUAGUGCCAGUGGCAAGAUUGCUGUCGAAGUUGCCCGCAUUCUGGGAGCUGGAAAGGUCAUCGGCAUGUCGCGAAGCAAGGAGACGCUGGAGAAAGUUGGUGUGGAUGAGAUGAUCAUUCUCGACAAUGAUAUUUCAGAAACCGAUUGCAGUGCUGCAGCUGAGGUGGAUGUCGUUCUCGACUACCUCUACGGACCCGUGGCACAGCAUGUGCUUUCUACCGUCAACUUCACACGUCCAGUACAGUAUGUGCACAUUGGUGGUCUUGCAGGCACAGAGAUGAUGCUACCAGGCCAUGUUAUCAGAUCCAAGGACAUCACCAUUCGUGGAGCUGGACCUGGCAGUUGGUCUCGCGAAGCCAUGAGACCUGAGAUACCCAGGAUUCUGCACGCUUUCAAACAAUUCAAGACACACGAGAUCAAGGUUGUGCCUUUGAGUGAGAUUGAAGAGCACUGGCAUAACGAGAAGGAUCGUGUUGUUUUCACGCCCUGA